GUGUAGGUAUGGAAUCGGAGUUAAACUCAUUACAAUGCUGAUACACGCAGGAUGGCGGCUUCUACUCUUACUCGUGAUAGGCGUUGUUCACAAUGCAGAGUGCCAACAGAUGCAGGUCGUGAUAUCACAUAUCCGGUACUCCUGUCCCCUCUACCCAUGUUCAUUACGAAUAUGUGGCUACGUCCUACCUAGUCUGAGGUUGUGCCCUAUCCACACCACAACUUGUCCAAACACGAACUGCCAGGACGUGAUCAUCCUCAGCCCAUCACUGGCCGGUAACAAUGUGGGGCUGAGUUUAGACUACCCACCACAACUCAAAUCUAUAUUGAACAUCAAGGUGUAUUUUCCACAACCCGGAUCUACCAGCACUUGCGGCUCCAGUCUCCGAGACAGCUGCUGGGACUUCACCUACACGAGCACAAAUCUCAUCACCGGAAGUUCUCUAAGUUUCCAAGUGCAGAUAUCAAAAUCGGUAUCUACUCUCACCUCCUCGCCCAGCACAGCCAGCACUACAUCUACAAAAAGAACCACACUCCGAGCUGUUGUGUCUACGUUACGUCCUGCACCUACCGCAAAGCCACUUCCUACACCGUUCAAAGCCAACUCACAAGCCGAUGACAGGGAUGGAUUUCCUGCUGCUGGAGCCUUCGGUAUCGCCCUAGGAGUAGCAGUUCUUAUCCUUUUCCUAGUCAUCAUCAUCUGUCUGUGCUGCAAAAAGAAGAAAAAGGAGACUGUGGUUGCCGUGGUGAGUUCUCCGCGAACGACAGAAAAACUUGUUUAUCCAGCACCACUCCGAUAUGAAGAAUACAUGAAGUCCGGGCCACUUCCGGUCGUCCAGGACGUUAUCGAUGGCGACGGCGGAAGUGAUACUAGUUGCUAUCAGAUAGAGAUGGUGGCUGACACUAACACACCAAAAUCUAAAAAGAAACGAAAGAACAAAAGGAAAUCUGGCAAACACAGCAAAAGGGAAAGGGACGUGAAUAAUGAGUCGGACUUCAGUCGGACGACGGGAGAGAACUACCACAUUGCUGUCGACACAUUCUUCAUUAACGCGGCCACCAUGUCCCAGAGUGAGAACACAGCCACACCUCUGACUCUACCACAACCAACACCAAAGGAGCGCACUCCCUCUAAAAAAUACAAAAAGAAAAGGAAAAUGGCUUCAUAUGAUUUUACUGAAUUUGACGGAAAUUCCGACCGCUAUAACCAUAUGUAGAUAUAUAAAAUACGAUAUCAAUCAGCGAUAGCAUGUGAUUAUAUGAUGUAUAUCUGUUUGAUUAAGAUUAAAUGUAUGUUUCGAGCGUGCGAUAUUCGAAUCUUAUAUCUCUAGAUAAUAUAUAAUUAUAUAAUUAUGUAAGUUUUAACUAUACUACUAUAUAUUCAGUAAGGAUGUUUUUUUCUGUAACCCUUGAUAAGAGAAAACACUAUUUUUAGUAAAACCUAACCUAUUACCCGACAAAUGAGUUUUCAGGAAGAAGACACAAACAAUGACGUUGGUACAAGAUAGACUAUAGAUAACAUAACGAUAUAAGACUUGUAUAUGUAGUAUAAGAUGUAGAGAUCUGUAUAUAACGGUCCCAUUUACUACGUUAGACAGUGAUGCACAUAGUGUAUGUGUGAUAUAGAUAGAUAGGUAUGUUCGUUCUACGAAAUGAAUGUAUUGAGAAAAACAACAAAACUUAUUCUUAGCAGUGAGUUGAUAUUCAAAGUCACACAUUUGAUAUUAUUUGUGUAUUCGUAACGUUAAUGGUGAAUAUGAAAUAAAAUACUAA